AUGGGUACAAGGAUACAUACACGGACGCUAUCAUCGCAUCUUCUAUCAUCGAGAACGAAUUGGAAAAGAGGUAUAUCAACUUCGAUUCUAAGGUUAGCUAAAGCUUCCCCUCAGUUGCUUUCAUUGUCAUUAUUAGGCAAAGAAACCGAUCAUAAGUUAGCGAGAGAGUGGGUGGAUAAUUUCAAGAUCGAUGAUAUACCCAAAGAUGGAUAUGAAGCUACCAGAAGCAGAUCAAGUGGUCCAGGUGGACAGCAUGUCAACAAGACAGAAUCAAAAGUCACAAUAAGAUGUGAUCUGAUAAAAGCGAAUGAAAACUGGUUACCUAGCUUCGUCAUACCAGCUUUGACUAAAUCACCGUACUACCUCUCCUCACCACCAUCACUCCUCAUCUCCUCCCAAACAUCUAGGACAGCAUCCCAGAACCUCAAUUCGGCUUUGACGUUAUUACAUCGGACGAUACAAGAUUCAGCUGGAAACCUGAUCAUAAAUCCAACUUCAUCAGAACAGAAGUCAAGAGUGAAAGGAUUGAUCAAAAGGGAGAAUGAGAAGAGGUUAGAGAUGAAGAAAAGACAAAGUGCGAAAAAAUUCUCAAGGAGGGAUAUUGAUUAG